UGUUACGUUUAACUACCCUAAAACAAAUACAUGGCAGAUACAAGAUGGGGUUUUGGUCUUAUGACCUUCUUUACCUUUAUCAGCUUCUAUCUCUCGCUGGGUAGUUGUUUAAUUGCAGCUUCCUUGGAAGACUCAAUUGCCCAGCAAAAACUUGAUAAAGUUCAUAACCUUCCGGGGCAGAGUUUCACUGUGGACUUUGCACACUACGCUGGUUAUGUUACUGUCAAUGAACACUCAGGGAGAGCUCUCUUUUAUUGGUUCUUCGAAGCUGCUAAGGAUCCUGAUUCCAAGCCACUUUUACUUUGGCUCAAUGGAGGACCCGGAUGUUCAUCAGUUGCUUAUGGUGAAGCAGAGGAAAUAGGUCCAUUUCACAUUAGGCCGGAUGGAAAGACCGUUUACUUGAACCCUUACUCUUGGAAUCAAGUUGCCAACAUUUUAUUUCUUGAGUCUCCUGUUGGAGUUGGUUUUUCAUAUUCAAAUACUUCCUCUGAUUUGCUUAACAAUGGUGAUAAAAGAACUGCCAAGGAUUCACUGACGUUUUUGCUAAAGUGGCUUGAGCGCUUUCCUCAGUAUAAAGAAAGGGAUUUCUACAUUGCCGGAGAGAGUUAUGCUGGGCAUUAUGUUCCACAGCUAAGCCAAGCCAUUGUAAGAUACAACAAGGCAACCAAUGGAAAAGCAAUUAACCUAAAGGGAUAUAUGGUUGGAAAUGCUCUAACUGAUGAUUAUCAUGACCAUUUGGGGCAAUUUCAAUUUAUGUGGUCAGCUGGUUUGAUUUCUGAUGAAACAUACAAGCUAUUGAAUGUACUUUGUGAUUUUGAGUCAUUUAUUCACUUCUCAAGUGCUUGUAAUGAGAUGAUGGACGUUGCAAGUGAAGAAAUGGGAAAUAUUGACCCAUACAGCAUCUUCACUCCCUCCUGCUCUGCGAAUGCUAGUCAGACGAAGUGGCUGCUGAAAAGAAGGCAUAUGGUUAGCCAGCUCAGUGAGAAGUACGAUCCUUGCACUGAGAAGCACUCAGAAGUAUACUUCAAUCUACCUGAGGUUCAAAAGUCACUUCAUGUUUUACCCGAAGCUGCACCAUCUAAAUGGGAGACGUGCAGUGAUAUCGUAAAUACCAACUGGAAGGAUUCUCCAAUAACUAUGCUGGAUGUUUACCGUGAGCUUACACGUGAAGGACUUCGCAUAUGUAUAUUCAGUGGUGACACAGAUGCUGUAAUCCCAAUUACAUCCACCCGCUACAGUAUAGAUGCUCUCAAGCUUGCAACUGUGAAACCAUGGCAUGCGUGGUAUGAUGAUGGCCAGGUAGGAGGAUGGACCCAAGAGUAUGAAGGACUGAAGUUUGUAUCAGUGAGGGGAGCUGGACAUGAAGUCCCUUUGCAUAGACCCAAACAAGCUCUCGCCCUCUUCAAAGCUUUCUUAUCAGGAACCUCCAUGCCUGCCUCUGCCUCUGCCCCUGCCCAUGCCCAUGCUUCUCAGCUACUCAUCUCCGACUCCUGAACUUUUGGGUUGAUUUCAUUUCAUGCUUUCUCAAUGUAAUAUCUACUUGUGGGGAUUCUAAUGUUCCGCCUUCCCCAAAACAUUCAUCAAAUUUUUCAGUAAAGAACAAUCAUCAAAACUGUUUCCAUUGAACAAUCAUCAAAACUGUUUCCAUUGAAAUCUGAACUUUCCUGAAAUUGUUAUAAAUGGUCUGUGCAUUCUUGUCCA